UGCGGUCGUUCGCUGUGUUUACAAGCAGCUGACAUCCGGCGUCGUCCCGUCCAUUAGCCACUGAUACCCACAGUCAACGAUAUCCGUCUACACUCGAUAUUUUCCCCACAAAAAGUGCUCCCCGCUGACUCUUCCAUUCAACUGAAUGCAAAGUUUCAUCAUUGUCAUCCAAUGCAGGGCUCAGGGUCGGUCUCCAGCAGCUGAACCACACCAGUCCUGUCCUCUCUGCCCCACGUCCACGGCUUUCUUCCUCCCUGAGCCAUGACCACCCAGAGGGAUCUUGAUAUGGUGCACCUCCGCCUUAUCCUGGUCAGUGGGAAAACGCAAGACUUCACUUUCUCCCCAAAUGACUCGGCCACAGACAUCGCGAAGCAUGUAUUUGAGAACUGGCCUGCAGGAUGGGAGGAGGAGAGGGUGAGCAGCCCUAGCAUAUUACGCCUCAUCUUUCAGGGACGCUUCCUUCAUGGCAAUGUUACCCUGGGAGCUCUAAAGCUGCCACCGGGCCGAACAACCGUCAUGCACCUGGUUGCCAGAGAGACUCUUCCAGAGCCCAACUCUCAUGGUCAAAGGAACAGAGAAAAAACCACAGAGAGCAACUGCUGUCUCCUCUUGUAAAGCAACAGAAACGGCCCACUCUCUUUCUACCCAGACCUCACACAUGACACACGCACACACAUAACACACACACACACGUGCAUAAAAACAUGCAUACAUUCUGCUCUCUCCUGCCUGUCGUCCUAUCAGCUGUGGAUUUGGAAUGAAUCCCAGGAAGUCUGGUUGGGGGCUGUUACCCUCUUUGGUUGAACUCUUGUCCAAUCUGAGGCUUUUUCUUUUUUUUCCUUUUUUUUUUUUUUUUUGUGCCAGUGUAUUCACUUUUUGCCCCCAAACGUUUACUUUACCGGCAGAAUGUGCUGUUGUUACUCCUUUUUAUUUGAAGGUCAUGACUUUAAGCAGUACCUUCGCUGCUGGACAAGUUUGAGAAAAAGACCCAGGAACACGUCGCUCUUCAUGGACUCAGAAGUGCUAUAAAGGAUGUGUGGGCUUUAACCCUUCCCUACUAGUCACAUGGAUAUUUCUCCAGCUCUUACUCAAUGGUGUUAACCCUCUCAUUGCACUUAACCAGUUUGUUAAUUCAGAAGUGUUUAUUGUGUCCUCCUCUCUGCCCUCAUGACAUUUUUCUUUGAUGCACAGACCAUAAUUCCCCACGGGGUAGAAAACAUGCCAUCCUCCUCAUAGACUGUUUCUGCCUCUUAUUAACUGAACCGAUUGGUCUGUAUCAGCACCAGUGGUGUUUGUGCCAUUACCUCCAUCCUGUUUGUUCCUGGAAAUGGACCAAUGGAGAAAAGACUUUUAUUAGGAGGAGCUGCGUGAACACCUGAGGGGAUGUACAGGUCCACGAGAAACAGGAAAAGACUCUCAGCGACGCUUGCAAAGACGGAGGCAGAGGACUUGCUUGUGUGUCAUCGGGUGUGGCGUUCGCGCUCGUAGCUGUGACUGUAUUGCAUAGACUGUCAGCGUUCCCUCUCAAAGGGAGCCGACAUGGCGGGCCAGUUAAACGCAGACAGAAGAAGAUAGUUGAAGAUGGGAGGGAGGCGUGUGGUCGAUGCAAGACCCUCCUCUACUGGACACUGAGAACGAGGCAGGGGGAGAGUUAUCUCCCGCUAAGAUGAAGAGUAAAAAGGAAAAUUUCACCUCCUUUUCAUUUGGAUGCUGUCUUUACUUCUUGUUUGCCUUUUAUUGUGGAAUUCAGUAAUAUCAUUAAUAUUGAAAUUUAAAUAUAUCAAUUUUUAUCUUGUGUAUAGGUAUUUGUUGAAUUUUAGUGUGGGUGAGUUUGUAUGCGAGUGUGUCUGAGGGUGUGUGAUGCACGUGGCAUACUGUAUGAAGACUGUUGAGGGCAUGUGGUCUUAAAAAAAAAAAAAAAAAAAAA